AUGGGCUGCAUGUCUGUCACGCCCGAGGAACUCUACGACCUCCUGCGCAAGCAGCCACAGCUGUUCUACUCACUGGAAGCACUGAUGCACCCGGCGCUCCUGCGCACCGUAGAGCCGCCGCCGUACCCCACCGCGUUCAUUUCGCGUCACGAGAGCGUGACGCCGUCGAUCCGCGGGUGCUCCCUCGCGCUUUUCACGCCCGCGGGCGUGGUGGGCGCCCUCACCGAUACACUCUGCAGCUUCCGGAGAGCGCGGAUCGUCAGCUUCCAGAUGCACGGCGGCAUGCCGUUCCAAGCUGCCGCCACGGCGCGCCCGCGCGCACCUGACGUGCCAUGGGGGGGCGCGGAGCGUUGUCGCGGUGCCCACGCUCUCUGUGGACGUGCUCCAAGCGGCAGAGCCCGGCUUGGCAUUCCUCUUUCAGAUGAGCAUGUUCUCGGGGUUCUCGGGGAAGAACAGCAGGUGCUUCCUGCGCCUCGUAGGUUCCCAGAAGCAGCGCCCUGCGCGCCCGGGGGGUGGGAGGUCCAUGACGUCCGCAGCUUUGUACGCAUCACGACCGCGGAGGGGCGGCCUGCGCUUUCCGAGGAUGCCGUGCAGGAGCUAGAGCAGCUCCUCCGGCACGCGCCCCUAUAUGGGCCCCAGCUGCGUCUCAUGGACCGUACCGCUUCGAACGAAUUCAUGGAGAGCGUCCGCAUGUAUGAGAUGCACGAGGAUGAUUAG